AUGGCUCGAAACCAGAUCAAUAUGAUCCCCAUCUCGGCCCUCAUCAUCCUCCUCACAUUCCUCCUGCCACAGCCCUCGCUCGCCGAAUCACCGACUGUCAGGAGCUCCCUGAUCCGGUUCAUGGACGCCCUCCGAGGCGGCGGCGAAUUAUCAGCACACCCGCCGCCGCUCCUCGACUGGGGCUGGAACGCCACCUCCGACCCAUGCACCGCCAAAUGGGCGGGCAUCCUCUGCGACCAGGAAUUCCGCGUCGUGGCCGUCACCUUAGACGGCCUGGAACUCCGAGGAGUCCUGGACGCCAGGACGCUCUGCGCGGCGACUCCAUUGCUCGCCGCGCUGUCGCUCCGCGGCAACGGGCACAUCCAUGGCCCGUUGCCGCCGGAGAUCGCGGAGUGCAAGAGCCUGACCAACCUCGUGAUUUCGGGGAACCGGUUCGAAGGCGCUUUCCCGCGCAGCCUGGGGAGGAUGAUGAUGACGGGCUUGCGCGAGUUCCGGGCCCAGGACAAUCAGUUCAGUGGGCCGAUUCCUGAGGUUGAGGGUUUCGGAAGCUUGGUGGGCUUCGAUGUUUCUAAUAAUAAUUUGACGGGCCCGAUUCCUGGCGGGUUAAGAACUUUCUCUGCAUCGGCUUUUGCCGGGAACCAAGGGCUGUGUGGGCCACCGUUGCCCGGGGAUUGCCCGUUCUUCCCUGCACCAGCCCCCGCGCCUGUGUUGGCCUGA